AUGUGGGAGCAAGUGAAACUGCUUGGGCACAUGGGGAAAGUACCACUUUCUUAUAAGAGAGUGGUGCUGAUUUAUGUACAACACAUUGAAGAGGAAGGUGUUGCAGUGAAUGAGGAUUGUGAAGAGGUAGUUGUGGCAUUGAAUAAGGAUAGUGAGAAUAUUGGGCAUGUUAGUGGUGAAAAUGGGGCUUCUACUGAAGGCAGUGGGCCACUGAACAAUGAUAAAGAUGGCCGGCCUUUUACUAAGGAUCAUGGGCCUACUUGCAGAGUUGAAGACUGGGUUUCAAGUGAUGAUGAUGGGCCCCUGAACAAUGAGGGUAGUAGGGCUGAUAUAGGUGACACUGAUGUGGAAGACAUUGAAGACAAUGAAGACAACCAGCCAAAAGUAGUUGAAGACCCAAAUGCCCAUGUAAAUGAAGAUCGGGAGUCAACUGAUGUAGCUAAAAGUGAUGUUGAGAGCUUGGAUAGUAGCUCAUAUGAUGAGGAUGAUGAGAACCAGAAGAAAAGGAAGAAGAAAUUGCCUAAAUUUCAAGAAUUUAGGCCUGAAACAGACAUGCGCAACCCUAUGUUUAAGCUAGGUUUAAGAUUUGCAACCACUGACCUAUUUAGGAAAGCAAUUAGGAACUAUUCAAUUGUGAACAUGAGGAUGAUUAAAUUCAAAUGCAAUGAUCGUGAUAGGGUGAGGGCAGUGUGUGCAGGAAAUUGUAACUGGGUUUGUUUUGCUUUAGCAAUGAAUGGGUUCAAGUGA